AUGGACUCACAGACAGCUCAGAAACUGGCGCAGAUGUCACGGGACGUGCUCUGCCACUCCUACUCCCCCUACAGCAGCUUCCCAGUGGGCGCGGCUUUGCUCUGCGAGGACGGCUCCAUCUACACCGGCGUCAACAUCGAGACGGCCACUCUGCUGGGUCUCUGUGCGGAGCGAUGUGCCUAUGUGAAGGCACUGUCAGAGGGACAUCGCAAGUUCAAGGCAGUCGCCGUCAGCUCCAACCUGACGGGCGCCUGUCCUCCCUGUGGCACUUGUCGACAGUUCAUGGCCGAGUUUGGCAGUGACUUGACCAUUAUUAUGGUUCACAAGGACCUCAGCUAUGAGCUGGAGACACUGAGUAAUCUGCUGCCACGUUCCUUUACGCCGGAUACACUGAACAGCUACACGAAACAGAAUGGUGCCCACUAA